GCAAAUCUGGUGACAAAGCAUCGUAACGAGUUGGACGAUGAACGUGAUCAGCAUGCAAGAGAAAUCGAAGCGCUUAAAGCCGCUGAGGAGGAAUUGCUGGCCAAGAUUGCAACAUUGGAGAAGAAACUUAUCGAUGCGUUGGAUAGACAGAAGACGCUCGAGAAGGAGGUUGAGGACUGGGAGCAGAAGUACGAGGCAACCAUCCGGGAGCUGCAGAAAGUUCGUGAUGAACUCGAGAUGGUUCGUCUGGAUGCCGAAAAGGUAUUCGAGUGCAUACGAUGA